AUGAUGGCUACCCUCACUUCGUCGAAGGCGCGACGCAGUCCUGGCAUGGCCCUUCAUCUUGUCGUUACCCUCUUCUUGCUUGCCGCCGCCCCUGCAUUUCUUGCUGCCACUGGGCUCGGGGACGACCAGCUGCGUCCGCAGUUCCAUGUGAUGCCGGAGCGGUACUGGAUGAACGACCCCAACGGUCCGGUGUUCUUCAACGGCCUCCACCACCUCUUCUACCAGCACAACCCCGACAGCAUCGCCUGGACCAACAUGCACUGGGGCCAUGCGGUGUCGAAUGAACUGGUCUUCUGGGCGCACCUGCCCGUGGCGCUCUCUCCGGGACCCGAACCCUACGACUCUGGCGGCAUCUGGUCCGGCAGCGUCUCGAUCGAUCCAAUCACCCGCACUCCCACCAUCUUCUACACCGGGGUGAGUCCGCAGGUGCAGUGCGUGGCCUAUCCGGCAGAUAUGUCGGACCCAUUGCUCACCCACUGGAACAAGUCCACGUCCAAUCCGUUCCUCCACUCGCCUCCCGCGACCUUCCCGCAGGACAACUUCCGCGACCCCACCACGGCCUGGAAGAGCACCGACGGGUAUUGGUACCUACUGAUCGGCAGCGGCAACGAGAAGGGAGGCGCGGCGCUGCUCUAUCGCUCCAGGUCGGGCAGGUUCGUCGACGAUGCCGAGUACGCGGGGCACCCGAUGGCGCGCGCCCAGGACAUCAACAUCGACGGAAGCAUGUGGGAGUGCCCCGACUUCUAUCCUCUUAGCAGCGGCAUCAACGAAACCAAGUGGGUGCUCAAGGCGAGCUCGCAGGCGCUCGGACACGGCGACCACUACUACACGGGCGCGUACGACCAGAAGAAUCAGACGUUCAGCGCCGACGUGCACGGCAUCUACGACUACGGCAGCAAGUUCUACGCCUCCAAGUCGUUCCUCGAUAAUAAUCCCAUCCUUUCCGUGCCCCGGCAGAGCCUCCCUCGCACCCUGUCGCUCGACACCGACGGCACGCUUCUGAUCGCACCCAUCCCCGAACUCGCCGCCCUGAGGCUCCCGGACGACCACUUGCACGUCGAUGGUCUGAAAAUCAAGGCCGGCACCUCGUUCUCGCUCGGUUCGAUCGAAAUCGUACAGGCCGAGAUUCUCAUCCACUUCAGCUACGCCUACGUGUUCUUCGGACCGCAAUUCCCGGCGGGCUCGACCUUUGGCGUGCGCCUGCUGCAAUCGCCCGACAAGCGCGAGCAGACGGAGAUUGCCCUACAGGGCGUGCUGCCGAUGACCAAGGGCCUCGACUUGCCCGGCGGCGACUACCGGUCGCUGCAGGUCCAGAUCAACGACUACGCCUCGUGCGAGGCCGCCUGCAACCAAGAUCCGCUCUGUCACGCCUGGACUCUCAUCACCGGCACGCCUGGGCGGGACAAUUGCUGGCUCAAGGCGUCGAUUCCGGCGAGCAAGCCCAACCCGCAGACCGUCUCCGGGGCCAAGGGCCUCCUGCGCGCCAACCGCACCCUGUCGUCGCUCUACCCGAAGGCCGACAGCUUCCCCGAGUUCGGCCCGCUGCUGCCGCCCACCGGCCCCGACGGCUGGGCCAUGCGCAACCUCACGCUGCACAUCUUCGUGGACCACUCCAUCGUCGAGGUGUUCGUCAACCAGGGCAAGGAGCGACUCACGAGCCGCGUCUACCCUACGCUCCCCGACAGCCGCUUCGCCGAGCUCUUCGUCGACGGCCCCCACGACGUUUUCGUCACCUCCAUCGACGUCUGGCAGCUUCGCACCGUCUGGCUUUAA